CUCCACCCCUUUUUGGAUUGACAUUAAUAAACCCUUCUUGCAAUGGAAGUGAUAAAUGAUAAGGUAGCUAUGCUAUCAAAUUAUGAAGUGUACAAAUUUUUACAUGCCAACAAAGAUCAAGCAAAUCGCUGUCAAGAUUUGGCAACCAUAAGCUACGAGACUAAAAAAUAUUUAUCAUCCACGCCAUGCAUAUAUCAGUCUCCAGAUUGCAUUAGCAAGUUUUUAGAGUCACUCAGUAAAUACAAAUUAACAAAAGCUGAGAAGCUUCAGUUGGUAAAUUUAAGACCAACCCAGCCUGUGGAGCUGCAGCUAGUCAUAGAGGAGAUUGAGGAACGAUUCAGUGAAGAAGAAAUCAGUGACAUCAUUGACUUAGUAACAGAACAUUUACCAAUUUCUGAAAGCAGUGAAGAAACUGGUGAUAAUAAUGAAUCAUAAAUAAUUAUCUAUUAGUUGAUCAUAGUAGUGCAUUAUUGGAAGUAAAUUUUUGCAGAAUAUUAAA